AUAAACCGUUUGGUUGUCCAUUCAUUACACCACUUGUCGCAAACACCAUAAUGGGGGGAACAACCACUUUAGUUUGCUUGCUCCUGGCUGUGACAGCGGUUUUGGCUGACGUGAGCAUAUUGUCCAAGAUAGACAAAGCACUUAACCACGUCGGGUCAAAAUGGGACACCAAGGAUAAUGCUGCCAGGAAUGUCACCGGGUCCUGGAAUGCAACUAAUACUCCAGAAUGGAAUGCGACUACCACAACCCCCGUGCCUACUUGGAAUACUACAGUCUGGAAUGUCACACAAACCCCAGUGUGGAAUGUCACCAACACCCCAGUGUGGAAUGUUACCAACACUCCAGUUUGGAAUGUAACUGAAUCCCCAGUAUGGAACGUCACCAACACUCCAGUUUGGAAUGUAACUGAAACCCCAGUAUGGAACGUCACCAACACCCCGGUUUGGAAUGUAACUGAAACCCCAGUUUGGAAUGUCACCAACACCCCAGUGUGGAAUGUCACCAACACCCCAGUGUGGAACGUCACUAACACCCCAGUGUGGAAUGUAACAGAAACUCCAGUGUUAAAUGUAACCAACACUCCAGUGUGGAAGACAAUUAAAAUUAUUUUGGAACUACGCCAAUGAUCAAGACGAUCUAACUUCACCAUGUUACAUAAUCAUUAAAAAUAGAUAUCAUUAUGCGAGAUGUGAUAAAUACAGCUUAACUACAACUACAACUUUCUUACGUCUUUGAAUAGUGUAAUUUGUACUACCAUACUACCGUUCUAUUCAUAAAUAAAUUACACCCAAUGUUGCUCGCUCACAUUGGCAUUGGUACAAACAAGAGUGAAGAUAUAAAAUACGUAUAUUAAGGAACAAUCGUCAGUGUUAUCUACUGUAUACUCACUACUACUAGUCUACUCUUAGUAUUUAUUUCUUCAAGGAUUUAUAGACUUAAAAGACCUAAUGCUUGUGUAAGAGUGCACCAUCUAGCAUUGUUCAUAUUAGAAAUCAUCUUUUCAUUGUUAUGAAUAAAAAAUGCAAUACAAACAGA